CCACAUUUUUCUGAAUUUUUCCAUAAAUUGUGGCCGAUGAUGAUGAAGUUUAAAUUUUAUGAAUAAAAUCAUUCUAGUGCAUGGAAAAUGUUCAUCACAAGAUAUUUUUGGAAAAAUGCAUCUUUUCAAUAUAGAAAACGAAUCAAUUCGUUUACAAAUUGUUUCGUGUUUCGUAAAUGUCAUGAUUUAAGUGGUAAAAUUAAACCCGAUUACGAUGUGAUUGUUGUUGGUGGUGGUCAUGCUGGUGUUGAAGCUGCAGCAGCUGCAUCUCGAAUGAAAUGUAAGACUUUAUUGGUAACGCAUAAAUUCGAAACAAUCGGUGAGAUGAGCUGUAAUCCAGCUUUCGGUGGUAUUGGCAAAGGACAAUUAAUUCGUGAAAUAGAUGCUCUUGAUGGCCUUUGUGCUCGAAUCUGUGAUAAAUCUGGCAUUCAAUACAAAGUUUUGAAUCGCAGUAAAGGUCCGGCCGUAUGGGGAUAUCGUGCUCAGAUUGAUCGUAAACUUUUCAAACAUCAUAUGCAAAAAGAAAUUCGACAGACACCUAAUCUGACCGUUCAUUGUGCUUCGAUCGAAGAUCUUUUGCUUGAGAAAUCAAAUGAUGGAAAAUUCAUUUGCAAAGGCAUCGUCACUAAUGAUGGAAAACAAUUAACUAGUUAUUCGGUCGUCAUUUGUACCGGUACGUUUUUACGUGGAGAAAUCAAUAUCGGGCUCGAACAUUAUCCAGCUGGAAGAUUAGGUGAUAAACCGGCCAUUGGUCUUGCCCAGACAUUCGAAAAUCAUAUUGGAUUCCGAAUGGGCAGACUCAAAACAGGCACGCCACCUAGAAUCGAUCGAGAUACGAUUGAUUUCAACGGAUUAGAAAAAACAUUUGGUGAUAAUCCUCCAUUACCAUUUUCAUUUCUAAAUUCAUCCGUAUGGAUCAGACCUGAAGAUCAAUACUGUACAUGGCUUACGUUCACUAACGAUAAAGUAGCCGAUAUUGUAAUGAAAAAUAUCCAUUUAAGCCGACAUGUUCGUGAAGAAGUUCGUGGGCCUCGUUAUUGUCCUUCCAUUGAAUCGAAAGUUUUGAAAUUCACUAAUCGUUCACAUCAAAUAUGGCUUGAGCCUGAAGGAUUGGAUACUAAUGUUAUCUAUCCAAAUGGAAUUUCCUGUACACUACCCGAAGAUGUACAACGAAAUUUGAUUCAUUCGAUUGAAGGUCUACAAAACGCUACAAUGCUUAAACCAGGAUAUGGUGUUGAAUAUGAUUAUGUUGAUCCAAGACAAAUACGGCCAUCAUUAGAAACGAAAAAAGUGGAUAAUCUUUUUCUUGCCGGACAAAUUAAUGGAACUACUGGUUAUGAAGAGGCUGCAUCACAAGGCAUUAUAGCCGGUAUAAAUGCUGCACUUAAAGCUCGUCGAACAAAUAAUCAAAAUUUGCCUACAGAAUUUGUUGUCAAUCGUACGGAAGCAUAUAUCGGUGUAUUAAUCGAUGAUUUAACAUCUUUAGGCACCAAUGAACCUUAUCGAAUGUUUACUAGUCGUGCUGAAUUUCGUCUAUAUCUAAGGCCAGAUAAUGCCGAUAUUCGUUUGACGGAACGUGGCCAUCACGUUGGAUGUGUUUCCAAACAACGAUACGAAAAAUUCAUUCAAACUCGUGAUAUAUUAGAGAAUGCAAAACAAUUUCUACAAUCACAUCGAUAUUCAAUGAUUAAAUGGGCGAAUAUUCUGAAUCUAAAUAAUAACCAGACAACCAGUACAAAAGUCAAAGAUGGUCUGGAAAUGUUAUCAAUUUUUAAUUUAUGUAAUUUCAAAAAAUUCUAUUCAAUAUUCCCGAAUGAAUUAUUUCAAAUUAAUUCUGAUCCAAUUCUCGUGCAAAGAUUAACAUCCGAAGCAUUUUAUUGUCGUGAUAUUAUCGAACAGAAAAGUCUAAUGGAUACCGUACGGCGUGAAGAAUCAACACGAAUAGCUGAAAAUAUUGAUUAUUAUAAUGAUAGUCUUAAUCUAUCGGCUGAAGUUCAAGAAAUUCUUUCCGAAUAUCGGCCAACAACAAUUGGUGCAGCAACCAGAAUUCCUGGUGUAACACCAGCUGCCAUUGUGAAACUUUUAUUUUUCUUACGUCGACAACAACAACAAGAUGAUCAAAAUUAUUUACAACCAUCUUUCAAUCAUCAUCAAAUCGUUUAA